AAAUACAGCCACAGUUGAUCUGCUUUUAUAGAAACACACGCACAGAUUCUGCGUUCUGCUCUCCUAAAACAUCCCAGCUCACAUGACUGCAGAGAGGUUUUGAUUCAACUUACCUAGUCUGCCAAAAUGUGCCUUUUCAGAACGGCCCUGCUGCUUGCUGUACUGGAUUUAAUUUCCUGUGCCAAAUUUCUAGCACCUUUAAACAUGGGAGGAGUCACAGGCCAAGUGCAGUUUGACUCCGAAAAGCAGACAGCCACCUUAAAUGUAACAGGUGCAGGAUCCUGCACUGCAGUUAGCAUUUCCCUCACUGUGUUCCCCGUCAUGUACGGCCACUUCGCUCAACCCUGCUCUGAGGCAAACAUUGGUGUCAGUGUCUUCACCUUCACUGCUGAUCCUUCAUCCGCGUCUCCCAUCAAUGUGUCACUUCUCUUUGAUCAAAAAUCAAACUUGGAUGACCUGUCACUGUCUUUGCAGACAUGUGAUGGCAUUAAAGUAUGCACAGUUGUAAGUCAAGGUCGGACACUGCUGACUCGCCAGGCGAGAUUCACAGAGUCUGUUGCUGGUAACAUUUACAUACGUACUAAUGUAAAUCAUGCCAACCCUAGGCUUCUUGCUGACCUAGUGACUAUUGGUCAGGUGAAUGCCACAGAAACCAACAUCAUCAUCUUUGGCUCCACAAGUACAGCAACUAAUUGCAGCGUACUGCUUGAAAAAUUAGAUCCAGUGUCUUUAACAAAUCUGGGAAGUGUGAAAGUCGGAAACCCUCUCAGUCCUCAGAAAUCCCGUUUGGAUGUUAGUAACUUUAUGGAGUACUCGUAUCUUCUCCUCAGGGUGGGCUCCAGUUACAAGUGUACUCAGGUAUACAACAUGCUAUAUAAAGAAGUGAGAGCCGUCAUGAGCAUGAGAGGAAUCAAGGGAUAUUUCAUCUUCCGUCAGGCUUCACCGUUUGAUGUGACACAGCUUAGAGUGAAUCUGACAAACUUAAGGGAAUUAGUUGGCCCCUACCACGUCCAUAAUUUCCCCGUCCCUUCAGUCAGGUCAGGCCAAUGUUCAAAUGAUAAUGUGGGUGGUCACUGGAAUCCGUUUGCAGUUGACACAACUUCUCCAACAUACCCUGCAGGGCCUGGAUCAACUCAUGACAAGUAUGAGAUAGGUGACCUGAGUGCCAAACACAUGUCUCUUUCUGGUAGAAGUGCAUUUGAUAUGACAUUCACUGACUUCAACCUUCCUCUGUUUGGACAGAACAGCAUUGUUGGCCGCUCAGUUGUGAUUCACCUGGUCAAUGGUGAUAGGUAUGCAUGUGCCAGCAUUGGCUAUCCCUUUGCAGUGACAGUAGCCAGUGCCACAUUUCAGACCCCUGUGGUGGGAAAGAUUAUCUUUACUCAGUUGGUGAACAAUCCCUUCUCAGAUGUGUCCAUCUUUAUGGAUCUGUCGUAUGGAGAUCCCACAACAACACCGACCCAAAACCACAACUGGCACAUUCACGAAUUCCCCAUUAGCUCAGAGAGGGAUGAUGAUGAAGGAAGGUGCAUCACAACAGGAGGCCACUGGAAUCCUUUUAACAUCAGCACAGCUGAUAGGAGCUACGCCCUUUAUUGCAAACCAUCCUGCCCCCUAUGUUGUGAGGCCGGCGACCUCGCCAACAAACAUACCACCAUUAAUCUUGACACCAACAUAGGAGGCGUGAACUCCAAACACUUUUUCACUGACGUCACUUCCUGGUUAGAUAUAUCUGGCAUUACUGGUCGUUCUGUGGUCAUCCAUGAAGCAGAAAGAGGAGGCCCAAGGAUUGCUUGUGCCAAUGUUACUAAGGUGCAGCUCCCUGCAGCCAGUUUAGGAAAUUGGUUUGGCCCUGGAUCAUCCAAGGGCCAGGUGACAAUCUUUCAAGCUUUCCCUCACAGCCCUACAGUAAUCAUUGUGUCCUUAAAAAACCUGCAGUCCUUAGCUGGAGGCUACCACAUCCACAUCUUGCCCAUUAUUGUUGGCAGCAGUGAUCCUUGCUCAAAUGCAAACAUCCUUGGCCACUUUAACCCACUGGACUGGAACACAUCUAGCUCUCCCUCACCCGGUGUGGGUACUGUGGACCAAUAUGAGAUAGGGGACAUCAGUGGGAAGUUUGGGAUGCUUACUGGCCAGAAUGACUUUCAACGUAUCUACAUGGACCCCAACAUGCCUCUUACUGGACCUUACAGCAUCAUGGGAAGAUCUGUCGUAGUCCACUACACCAAUGGAUCACGGAUGGUGUGUGCAGAUGUCUUACCAGACACAUAUACAGAUGGACAAUGGACACUUGCCAAGGCUACAUUUAAAGGAACAGUGACUGGGACAAUCACACUGCGCCAGCAGAUGUUUCCUGAUGGGAGUAGCAGUGAUGUCACACUGUAUGUGGACCUUAAGUCAUCUGCAAGUCAAAAUAUUCCUGCGGCCUCCCUGUUUAUCGCAAGCAACCGUGUGAAUGCCACGAGCGGCCUGUGCACCAGCGUGGGAGACACUUUCAACCCCUUCAACAUGAAACUACUGAGCUCCAGCUGUUCACUCCAAAACCAGUUGAGCUGUGUGGUGGGGGAAUUUUCUGAAAGACAAGGCAAUGUCAGUCUGACUGGGAGAGAAGUUUACUCCGACAGCAACAUCCAGCUCUCAGGAGACCACACAGUUGUCUACAGGUCUCUUGUGCUGAAGAGUGGCAACAGCAUCCUUGCGUGUGCCGACAUCCUCCCAGGAUCCCAGUCUGCAGAACAAAACUUUCGCAAAUUGAGCUCCUUUAGCCGGUAUGAUUUCCGAAGGAGAGUCGCAGAUGUUCUGAAGGCAGAAAUGGCGAGAAUAACCAUCUUGCCCGGCUCUCCCUUCUUUACAAAAGAUGGCCAAUGCCAAACGGUCAUCUUCAUGGUGUCUGGGGAUGUUCGCACAGAUCUUCUAAGUUCUGUCAAAACCAGUGAGCUGAUGGGCCCAUUCAGAGAAAGUACCACAUGUACAAGACCUUCUGCAGGACAGCUGGUGCUGCCAGAAAUCUUCUCGCUGUGUCUGAUGUUUGCUGCUGCCUUCCUGCUGCCGUCUGCAGCCUUUUUAUAAAAGCCGAGUCCCGCUUUCAUCCCAACUCAUCAGUGGAGACACCCGGGUCCUGCUGUUGUAAAACUGUGAAUUUGAAAUGUCACCCAUCAAAUGUUGCAGUGGUGACUGAGCAAAUAAUGUGCAUAUCUGUAUAAACGUUGCGUGCAAAUGAAAAUCUUCCAGGGUUUCUUUUUUUGUUGUUUUGUUGAAAAACCAGUUGAGGCUAUAAAUAUUACUAAACUAGUUGUUGGUA